UCCAAGGGUCAGGCGGGCCCUCCUACUUCUCCCUGCAGUGGCAGACACCAUGGCCCUCAGGGCCCGUGGCCUUCUGCUGCUCCUGGUGGUGCCUGGUGUGUCCCUCAGGGCUUUGGAGCCAGGAUGUGGCCGGCAGGUUUCGGAUGCAGGAGGCCGAAUUGUGGGAGGCCACGUGGCCCCGGCCGGCGCAUGGCCAUGGCAGGCCAGCCUCCGCCUGCGGAGGGUGCACGUGUGUGGUGGGUCCCUGCUCAGCCCCCAGUGGGUGCUCACGGCUGCCCACUGCUUCUCCGGGUCCCUGAACGCAUCCGACUACCAGGUGCACCUGGGAGAACUGAAGAUCACUCUGUCUUCCCACUUCUCCACCGUGAGGCGUAUCAUCCUGCACUCCAGCCCCCCGGGACCGCCGGGGUCCAGCGGGGACAUUGCCCUGGUGCAGCUCAGCGUCCCUGUGACCCUCUCCAGCUGGAUCCUGCCCGUCUGCCUCCCGGAAGCCUCGGCUGACUUCUGCCCUGGGACCCGGUGCUGGGUGACCGGCUGGGGCUAUACGCAGGAAGGAGAGCCUCUGCCACCUCCAUACAGCCUGCAAGAGGUGGAAGUCUCCGUGGUGGACAGAGAGGCCUGCAGCCAAGACUACCUCAGCCCUGAGGGCAGCGUCCUUCAGCCCGAUAUGCUGUGUGCCCGGGGCCCUGGGGAUGCCUGCCAGGAUGACUCCGGAGGGCCUCUGGUCUGCCAGGUGAAUGGUUUUUGGCUGCAGGCCGGCAUUGUGAGCUGGGGUGAGGGCUGUGGCCGCCCCGACAGGCCGGGGGUCUACACCCUCGUCCCUGCCUAUGUGAACUGGAUCCGCCGCCACAUCCUGGCAUCAGAGGUCUCAGGGUCUGGGUCUCCCAGGCUCCUCCUCCUGGCUGGCUUCUUCCUCCCCGGCCUCUUCCUUCUGCUGGUCUCCUGCGUCCUGGUGGCCAAGUGCCUGCUGUGUCAGUCUGGGGGUGGUGCUCCCUCCCCCACCCCAACUCAUGAUGGCAGGAGUCCAAGAGCGUUUCUUAAAUAAGUUAUUAUUUAUUCCGUUGCUCUGCCCCUCUCUCUCCCUUGACUUGAGAAGCUGAGUCUUCUGCAUUAGAUUAUUGCAACAUUGAACCUGAAUUUAAAAGCACACAAAA